GGGAGGGGGCGUGGCCUCGCCCGGCACGGGCCGAUAAGAGGCGGCGCCCGCCGUCGCGUUGCGAGUGGGGUCGGUCUGCGCGGCGGGGCGGCCCGGGUGCCUCCGACAGCCUGGAAAGACCCCGGCGGGCGGGCGAGCGAGGCUGCGGUCCCGGCCGCUCCCGUUCCUCACAGCCCAUGCCGAGGAGCCUCGCCCGGCGCCCCAACAUGGCGGGCGGGCGCUGCGGCCCGCUGCUGACGGCGCUCCUGGCCGCCUGGGUCGCGGCGGCGGCGGCUACGGCGAGCCCCGAGCAGGCCGCGCUGCCGCCGGAGCAGAGCCGGGUCCAGCCCAUGACCGCCUCCAACUGGACGCUGGUGAUGGAGGGCGAGUGGAUGCUAAAAUUUUACGCCCCGUGGUGUCCAUCCUGCCAGCAGACUGAUUCAGAAUGGGAGACUUUUGCAAAGAAUGGUGAAAUACUUCAGAUCAGUGUGGGGAAGAUAGAUGUCAUUCAGGAGCCAGGUUUGAGUGGCCGCUUCUUUGUCACCACUCUCCCAGCAUUUUUUCAUGCAAAGGAUGGGAUAUUCCGCCGUUACCGUGGCCCAGGAAUCUUUGAAGACUUGCAGAAUUAUAUCUUAGAGAAGAAAUGGCAAUCAGUUGAGCCUCUGACUGGAUGGAAAUCCCCAGCUUCUCUAACGAUGUCUGGUAUGGCUGGCCUUUUUAGCAUCUCUGGCAAGAUAUGGCAUCUUCACAACUAUUUCAUAGGGACCCUUGGGAUUCCUGCUUGGUGUUCUUAUGUCUUUUUCGUCAUAGCCACCUUGGUUUUGGGCCUUUUCAUGGGUCUGGUCCUGGUGAUAAUAUCAGAAUGUUUCUAUGUGCCACUUCCAAGGCAUUCAUCGGAACGUUCUGAGCAGAAUCAGAGGUCAGAGGAGGCUCAAAGGGCUGAACAGUUGCAGGAUGCAGAGGAGGACAAAGACGACUCAAAUGAGGAAGAAAACAAGGACAGCCUUGUAGAUGAUGAAGAAGAGAAAGAAGACCUUGGUGAUGAUGACGAAGUAGAGGAAGAAGAGGAAGAAGACAACCCGGCUUCCGGGCUGGAUGAGGAGAGAAGUGAUGCCAAUGACCAGGGACCCCUGAGGGAGGGCAGUGUGGCCAAGGGGGAAGUGGAGCCUGAGGAGACUGAAGAAGAUAUCACUGAGCAGCCCCGUUCAGCUGACACAGAGCAGGGGGAGGACUCGCUGAGGCAGCGCAAAAGUCAGCACACUGAUAAGGGACCGUAGGUUUAAUGACAUUGUUUCCAAGAAGACAGACUGAAAGAAUAUGUCAGCUUCCCUCUGGUCUGCAGUUUAAACCAAACCCUUAAUUUUUUUUAAAUAAGCAAGCUUCUCUCUUAAAAGAUGAUCUCUAGUCAUGUGGUCUCAUGACAGUAAGCCUCAUGCAUACUAAGGAGAAUCUUUCAGGUAUGACAAUCAUGAUAUGGAAAGACAAACAUGAUGGUGACGUUAGGAUCUGUUCAUGGAUUUGGCAUGGGAAUAAGUUCACUUACUUGGGGCUAGAGAGUCUUGACUAAUGGAGGCCACCCCCAGCCCUCAUUAGCCCCUUCUAGAGACAAGGCCUCAGGCCUCAUAAAAUGAAAUCCAAGGAGCCUUGGCUCUGAGCAUCCUCACUGUGCAGCAGAAGUCUUGCUUCCUUGUCUUGUGCUUUUAUUUUCGUCAGACUGCGGGAAACAUCAGGCACCAUCGUGCAUGAACACUUCUAGAGUUAGAAAUUGACAGGGCCCUGGAUUUAGAAAAGAGCUCUGAAAUUAUCCCAAACCUCUAAAUCUCCUUUGUGAUAUUUUGUUCCUUACCUUUAAGUUUUUCAACUCUUUCACCCUAGGCCUGCAGGCUCCCCACACUCUGCACAGUUGUUCCUUGGUGAGAGGACUUAGUAGCCAGGUUUACGUCAACCGUGUUUAUUCUGACUUAAGGGUUUAGAUAAUCAGUAACCACAGCCCAAGAAGUUGUGACUGCCAAGCAUCUAGAACGAAAUGUUGUAACCGUAAGAGAUUCAAAAGGAAGUAAGGAUUUUAGAGGACAGAUCUUUUAUAUUUUUUGGCCAAAAUGUAGGAGUUUUUUUUCAAAAAGUUUCUUUAGCAAUAUUCUUUUUGAAGCCAGAAGCCCUCUAAGUCUUGCCAGUACAAGGUAGUCUUGUGAAGAAAACUUGAAUACUGUGUUGUUUUGUUUCCAUCUCAAGGGGUUCCCUGACUCUUGAACCACUUUAAUAAUAACUGGAAAACCAUUUCUGGUUUUCCUUCAGGGAUGUGCUUCUGGUGAAAGAAUUAAUGAAAGUCAAUAUCUGGAAAUGAAAGAUUUGAUUUUGUUUCCAUCUUUCAUAAUCUGAAGAAUUAUAUCUUUAUAAAUCUCUCAAUACUCAAUCAACUAUAAGUAUCUAGGGAGCCCAGUUUCUUUUAAAAAACCAUCCACCUACUUCUCUAUUACCUGAUUUAUGUCUCAGAAUAAAUUCAUGAACUUAGAUUCCAGGCAUAUGAAAGAUGCCUAAAGUUGAUUCUAUGCCCCUUGGGUCCAGGAAAAAUAAAGAGUACAGGUAUAUGAAAUUCUAAAAGUUUCUGUCAUUUUUAAAACGGAGUAUGCAGUCUAUUUCUAUUUGGCUGUUUAGAUAACCCUUUGCUUGUAUUAACCAUGAACAUGGGGCUCACUGGUGAGGAGAGGUUCUGAAACUCUCUGCCCUCCUGUGGUUGAAUGAGGCUAUUGCAAACUUUGCACAAAGGAGGUUAUUCUUCUGACAGUAUCAAUUUUUAGAAACAGUUAUUUUUUCAUCUUGCCAACUCAGUUACUUAAUAGUUUCCUUGCCCAGCACAGUGAAGUUUGUUAAGGGUCACCAGUUACUGUGCUGUUCGUUCAGCAGUGUGCCCUCAGGGUUGAGUACAUCACAGAACUGAUGGCUUAGGAGAACCUUGACAGGUACCCAUUUCUGCCCUCCUGCCAUGUCAGUCUCUGACACAUCCUCACCCAAAGUGCCACAGUUCUGGUCAUGGCACUUCCAUCUGUCUGAUGCCAGGAAUCUUCGCUGGAUCAGAGCUGAUCUCGGCCUUCCCUCCUGUCCCUGGAUUUCUUUCUCUCAUAAUCAUCUGAAACAAAGUUUUCAGAGAACAGUAAGUUCAAGUUCUGAGGUGCAGAGUAAGAAAGGUUUUAUAGGUUAGCUUUUCUGUAUAAUUCUUUUCUCCAAAAUUGAAAUAUUUUUAUAUAUUUUUAAUGGAGUAUUUGACUAGAGGGGAAGGCAUGCAGAAAUACAAUCUACCUUGGAUUUUCUAAAUGCAAGGCCAAUUUCCAACUGGACUCCAAAUAGUAUGAGUAUUCCGAAUCUGAAAAUCUGAUGUCCCAGACAUUCCAAAAUAUGGAACUUUUUGAGUGCUGUGAUGGCUCAAGUGGAAAAUUUCAAAUCUGACCUCAUAUGACAAGUUGCAGUAAAAACACAGUCAAAAUUUUGUUUCAUGUACAAGAUUAUUAAAAUCUUGUACAAAAUUACCUUCAGGCUAUAGGUAUAAAGUAUAUAUGAAACAAAUGAAUUUCAUAUUUAGACAUGGAUCCUAUGCUCAAGAAUCUCAUUAUGUACAAACAUAUUCCAAAAUACAAAAAAAUCUGAAACAUCUCUGGUUCCAAGUAUUUCAGUUAAGAGAUGGUCAACCUGUAUCUAAUUAUGUAAUAAGAAAAAUGCAUUUUCUUUCUCAGCAAUACUUUAAAAAACUUGAAGGGUGAGGCACAAAAAAGUGCUUGGAAACAUGCUUAUGAUUUAAAAAAAUAAAAAUAAAAAUCAGGCUUUCCUCUAUUGCAAUACCAGAUAUUCAAUUACAGAAUGGUAGUUUAUAUGAAUUAAAAUUAAGAGAAUGAAAUGAAAGUAACUGGAUUUUGGAGUGGGGAUGUGCAGUGCUUUAUGUGUUGGGUAGCUGGAGCAGGUGACUUUUCUUCAGUUAGAAGGAAAGUUUGAAAGUUCUGAUUACCUUUUUAUUUUUUUAUCAUUCAUCUCUUGCUAUACCUGCUAAACCAAUUCAGCUUGCUUAGAGAUCUCAUAUCGAUCAGUAUACCAGCAAUCCAACUUUCUUUCCCUUUGAGGUAUAAUCAUUGGAUGGGGUGGAAGAGAGGGCCUUUGGAAUUCCCAGGGUCUUGCACUGCAUGGGCACAUACUUACAGUCUCACCUUCCACACAGGGGCCCUGUCUGUUAGCCACAGGCCUCUUCAACUGCAUAAAUUCAAAAUAACGACUGUAGUAAAAAGUAAAUAAGCUUCAACUGGGUUGGCUUUUGACAGUGAAGAAAGCCAAAUUUUGACUUUUAAUGGCCAAAAACCUUUGUUGCUAGUUUUGCAACAUGAUUUGGGUAUACUUAAGUCUGCAGAAGCUGAAUCUUGUAACACCUUCAGGGUAGAUGAUAAAAAUGAUUUUUAAAGCAAGUACUUACCAUGUGACUUUUUAUUGCCGAGUCCCUCAGAGAAGAGCUUAUAUUAAUAUGUUGUUUUACAGGAUGGAAACAUUGAAGAAUCUAAAGAAAAAUUUACAAAAAAAUAGAAAAGUGGAAAAGAUAGGGUAAACUUUAGAUUUCAGCAUAAAAUCUUCAGUGUGAAGUGAGAAAGAAGGGGAAGACAGGUGCUUUGCUAGUGUCUAUCAGAAGGUUAUCUAUAUCCUUCAUCCCGGUGUUGCAGUGUUAUUUCUGCCAGUAUUAUAAAUGUGUGGUUGACCCAUCCUGUCAGAUAUGCCAACAUUUUGGAAGGUACUCAUGUAAUCUUUUGUGCCAACAGAAAAGUUGCUUUUUGUGUAAUAUCUCUUUACCUCAGUCCUAUGUUUUGAUUCUCUUGAGAAGAUUAUCGCUUGUCUUGAAAAAGCCAAAUGUGGUGUCAAGUCUGAUGAACCCUGAUAGGGCAGCUUUCUGAAUAGCUGUUCUGAAGCAGGAAGGUCACUUGCGAGGGUUUUGAUAGCUUCAGCCCAGGAUGUGGCCUUCAGGUGGCUUAUUCUCAGUAAAGGUUUAUGUGGACUGUGACACUCUGUAUGUGUGACUCAUACAACUUUGACAUGUUUCCAAAGUAGUUUGAUCAUAUUUUUUAUUAGGCAGCUUCAUGGAAAUAGAAUUUUUAUACUAAAAAUAUUGCUUAUUUGUACUGCAAUAUGUUAUAAAUUUGUUAUUUAUAUUCUUUGUGAUAGUCUUGAUUAUUUAGCCCAGUAUAUUUAUUUUUCUCUUCGUGUAUUCUUUGCUUCCUCAAACAGCAUCUGCAGCAACUGGAAUGAGAAAUCAAGAUAUUGUGUUUCAAGUACAUUGCCUGAAUCAUGAUUCAUUUGAUCUCAGUAUUGUACAUUAUCCUUGAUCCUAAAUGUUUUCAUUUUAUUGUAAAUUCCCAUUUGCAUCAAAACUUAAUGAAAAUGAUGAAUAAGUAAAAACAAAGUGGCAUAUUGCUUUCCAUAUAAGUAUUUUCACAAAAGCCAUUUGCCUGGGCAGUAAAAAAUAUUAAUUUGUUAAAAUAA